AUGAGGGGAGCGGCUAAAGUAGCCAGCAUCUAUGAAUCACCUGGCUUCUUUCUAGGGUUGGAUCCAAUUCCAGGAGCCCUCGAAGCUAUGCAGGAGAUGAUCCACAUGCAGGACACCGAAGUCUUUAUUUGCACAAGUCCUCUCCGGAAAUAUGAGCACUGCAUCGUGGAAAAGUAUAAGUGGGUAGAAAAACAUUUGGGACCCGAGUUUGUGGAGCGGAUUAUUCUAACCCGAGAUAAGACUGUUGUCUCUGCUGACUUGCUGUUUGAUGACAAGGAUACCAUUAGAGGCGCAGAGCCGAACCCGAGCUGGGAGCACAUCCUGUUUACCUGCUGCCACAACAGGCACAUCCAGCUGCAGGCACCACGCAGGCGGCUGCUGUCCUGGGCGGAUGAUUGGAAGGCGAUCUUGGAAAGCAAGCGCAAGCGAUAAUGCA